AUGACUGUUCUCAAUCCAGAUCAUUAUACAGUGGCAUGGAUCGCGCCACUCGAAAUUGAGGCUCGCGCUGCUCUGGCAUUCUUUGAUGAAAUCCAUGAUGGCUACUUCCCGGUCGCUCGAGGCCACGACUAUGUCUUUACUGCAGGCAAGGCCUGCGGGCACCAUGUCAUUCUUGCGACUUUGCCUCCAGGCCAGCCGUAUGGCACUGGUUCUGCCGGAGCCUUGGCCGGGCAAGUCAAGAUGUGCUUCUCGAACCUCUGGUCUGGUCUGUUGGUCGGCGUCGCGGCCGGCCUCCCAGACUUGACGCGAUCUCCACCACGCGAUAUCCGUCUCGGCGACGUCCUCGUUGCUCUUCCCGAAGGUGAGAGCGCCGGACUCAUUGCUUAUGACCUUGGAAAGGACAUUGGGCAAGAACCCCUUCAGCUCUUGCACGGCGGCCAUGUGUUGGCCAAAACGGAGACAGUGGUUCGUUCAGCAAUCGGCAGCAUCAAGCUCAAGGCGCCAAGGGAUGCCGAGGCCCUUCUUGUCCAUUACCGACAAAUCCAGGACGAUGACGGCAUAUUUGUUGACCCCGGGCAAGAGCGAGACAUAUUGUACGAUUACGAUCUCGAGAUGGCCAUCGACCGCCGGCCACGGCCAGACAACAGACGCACACGAGUAUGGUACGGACCGAUUGGCUCUGGGGAGAAGCUGAUGAGGAACGCUGUGAGACGGAACGAGUUGAGAGACCAGCAUGGCAUCAUUGGGCUGGAGAUGGAGGCCGCGGGCACUAUGAACACCAUCCCGGUCGGUGUGAUUCGCGGUGUCUGCGAUUACGCCGAUAGCCACAAGAACCAGGACUGGCAGGCGUAUGCGGCGGCCAUGGCUGCGGCAUACGCCAAAGCUGUGUUGCAGACAAUACCGCCCAAGAAAGUUCAGUACUGUCACUUCAUGGUCCCUUUUGGCCGGAACAAAGAGUUCGUCGGUCGUGAACAUGUCCUGAAGCGGCUUCUACAGCUUGUUCCGCCCAGUCAUGAGCGUGAUAACUGUCAAAGAACGGUCGUCGAGGGUCUCGGGGGCGUCGGCAAGACACAAAUCGCACUCGAGGUUGUGUACCGCAUUCGUGACGAGUACCCAGACUGUCACAUUUUUUGGGUGCCCGCAGUCAAUGCUACUAGCUUUGAGAAUGCCUACCGAGAUAUUGGCCGGAAGCUCGAGGUUCCUGGGAUUGAUAGCGAUCCAGCGGAUACCAAGGCACUCGUGAGAGCUGCCAUUGACCGCGACCCGAAUAUGUGGUUGUUGGUAAUUGACAACGCUGAUGAUACGCAAUUACUAUUUGCCGACAGCGGCCUCAGCGACUACCUGCCUUCAGGGAACAACGGAUCCGUCUUGUUCACCACCCGUAACCAUGAAGUUGCUGUGAGAUUAGAUGUUGUCAAGAAGAACAUCCUUUCACUGAACGAAAUGACCAGGGGAGAGUCGAAGGAAAUUCUCGGCAACCUGCUGGAGGAACGACAGAUAGAGAACGCGGCUAGCACAAACGACUUGCUCGAAUUCUUGACGGACCUGCCACUCGCGAUCAAACAGGCCGCAGCAUUCAUGGCGAAAACUGGACUGUCGACUUCCGAGUACUUCCGUCAUUGCCAAAACAAAAGAGACGAUCGUCUGAUUGAACUCCUAAGCAAGGACUUCAACGAUCGAGGCCGUUACAGGACUAUUCAAAAUCCGGUAGCCGCGACAUGGCUGGUCUCGUUCCGGCAUAUUCUAAGGGAUAGCCCUCUGGCUGCCGAACUCCUGGGUUUUCUCUCAUGUGUUGCUGAGAAAGACAUCCCGAAGCGAAUCUUGCCACUAGGCGACAGCGAGAUAGAGAUGGAUGAGGCUAUCGGGACGCUGAAAGCUUACGCUUUUAUCGCUGAGCGAGCGAGCCAGUCGUACGAUAUGCACAGACUUGUUGGGCUCGCAAUGCGAAAUUGGAUGAUAAAAGAAGGAGGAUUCCAGACCUGCGUCACAAAUGUCGUGCGAAGGCUCGACCAAAUUGUGCCCGAUCCAAAAGUCACCUCUGGGAACUGUUGGCUGCAGUACAUGGCGCAUUUCCUGAGAGCCUUGGAUUUUCAAGACCAGGUCACCGAGCAAACUAGCCUCUCAAGCCUUCUACAUAAGGCUGGAGUUAGUCAACAUGCCAUUGGGAAGGAGGAUGAGGCGGAGAAGCUUCUACGAUCAGCACUCGAUUCAUACGCUACAUACCUGGACAGGAGAUCUCCCGCCACCUCGAACUGCAUGUUUGACCUAGGGAAAGUUCUAAGUAAUCUGGGCAAGUACGACGAGGUAGAAAAGUUAGCUCGGGAGGCCCUUGAAUCAAGCCAUAGUGGAGCAGUAUGGGCCAUGCUCCUCCUCGGAAAUAUACUGGCAGAUCAAGGCAAGUUGGGAGAAGCAGAAACAACAAAGCGAGAGCUUGUCAAUCUGGCCACAGACUUUGUGGCUGUCGGUGGUAUCACAGGCAAUGCUAUGGAAUACCUUGGAAAACCGAUAGGGGAGGAAGGAAUACUUGGAGAGCCCGAGGUACUUCUUCCACGAGGCUUGCAGUCAGCAUUGGACCUCCCUAGCCUCGAGCAUUGCAACGUCUUGGAGAUUAUGGAAGAAGUUGGCUUUUAUCUUUUGCAGCGGGACAAGGACGAGGAAGCCGAGAAAUUACUUCAACAAGUUUGCCGUUUGAACAAGAGAGUACGGGGCGACAAGCAUUUCAUCACACUCAAGACUCAACAUCAUCUCUCCAGAGUGCUUCACAAACAAGGGAAAUACCAGGAGGCUGAGACAAUGUAUCGUCAGGUGUUUCAAUUAACACGCGAAGUACUUGGCACCAGACAUUCAAGGACUGUCAACUUGAUGCAUGAUCUGGCCGGUUUUCUUGAGGAUAAAGGUGAUCUAGACGAGGCCGAGGAGAUAUAUCAACAGGAGUUGCAACUGAGGAGCGAGCUCUAUGGAACAAGACAUGUAUACCUUUUUACCACCAUGAGCAGUUUAGCCAGACUUCUUGAGACUAAGGGUCGCCUCGACGAGGCCGAGAAGAUGUAUCGAGAGAUGGUUCAGCUCGCAAGGGGAGUUCGAGGUGUGAGCAUUCCAUUCUUGUCACUCAAGAUGCACUCUUUGGCCUGUUUACUCAUGGACAAGGGCCACCUGGAUGAGGCGGAGGUGCUCUGGCGACAAGCAUUCAGGUCGGAUAGUCAAGUGCUUGGCGCCAGGCAUCCUAACACACUUGCGCAUAUGAACAAUCUAGCCUUGGUAUUGGUCAACCAGGGCAAACAUGAGGAGGGCGUGAAAUGGCUACGGCAAUUGUUACAGCUAAGGAGCGAGGUACUUGGAGCCGACCAUGUCGACGUCCUCGAAUUGAGGGAGCGUAUUGAGGCACUCGAACAGCAAGGAAAACUCCAGGAGGCCCAAAACACGUGUCCACCGUCUCCAGAGGGGGCCCAGAAUGAUAUGCUAGGAAGUCUUCGGUGUCUGGGCGUCGAUCGAGAGUACGGGCGAGGCACUUACGGAGCCCGACAACGUGGACAACGCGAUUGA